AUGCCUGGAGGUGGAGGCAGAGGUGGAGGCGAAGCUGGAGGCGAAGGUGCCAGCGGAGGAGGCGGUCGAGGCCGUGGGAGUGAAAGCGGGAGCAGCAGUGGUAUCGAUGGCCUCGGAACUUACAACGAGAUAGCCCGCGAGAGCAACGGUCAAAUCUCGUCUCCAGCAAUAGCAGGUAUCGUCAUCGGCACCAUCAUAGGCCUAUUGUUCUCCAUUUACUUGAUCCGCCGAUACCGCAACUUGAGUAUCAACAACCCGCAACCUUAUGCCACCCGAAAACGUGGUAAACGACCAGACGUGGAGGAGGCGCCACCGAUGAUCGACCGCGCUACGAUGCCAAGCGUACCAAAGCCAGUUGCUCUAGACGGGGGAGGCGGGAGAGUUGCAACGUAG